AUGGCGCCUUCCAAAGAGCAAAACCUGCCUGAUAGGGAAUUUUCGGAUAGCGAAAUGUCAUCCGACAUCGAGUCGAGCAGCAGCGCUGCGGAGGACGGCAAGGAAAAGUCAACCAGCGCUCUUUACGAAAAGGAUUCAGACGAGGAGGAGCUCGAAAGACUGGUCCUCGGCAACGCGGCGGGUUUCCGGACCAACUUAUUCAAGAAUGACGGCAAAGAUUCCUUCGGUGGUCUUGGUGGCGACAUGGACAUGGACGCCGACACGGGCGACUUGGAGGAAGUGGACGACCAUGAUCUGUUCAUGCUGGAUACUGCCACAUCAGGCGCGAAGGGCCCCGUCACCUCGGCUCCCAAGCUCGCAAACGAUCCCAACGCCCCUGUCUGGGUAGACAGCGACGACGAGCGCCUGGCCAUUUCGCUGGCUGGCACGACCCGACUGCGCAAGCUCCGACUCACCGAGGCCGAAGACCUGGUCAGCGGCACCGAAUACAGCCGCCGCCUGCGCCAGCAAUACCUGCGCCUGAACCCGGCGCCCGCCUGGGCGCAAGACGCCGAGGGUCGCCCGGCCAAGCGCCGCCGCUCCUCCGCCGCGGCCGCCAACUCGGACUCGUCGGACAGCAGCGACGACGACAACGACGCCUUUGCCGCCGACCCGCUCGACAAGUUCCUGCGCAACGCCAACCUCCUGGGCGGCGCGGGAAGCGGCAGCCGCAACAAGCCGCGCCGCCUGCGGGAGGAGGUGAUUGACAUUCAGCGCACGCGCGAGAUCCCCGACCGGCACAAGGCGGCGGUCGAGUCGCUGUCGUUCCACCCGCAGUACCCGGUGCUGCUGUCGGCGAGCAGCGCGUCGAUCCUGCACCUGCACCACAUUGCGCCCGACGCACAGCCGACGCCGAACCCGCGGCUGACGUCGGUGCAGGCGCGGCACGUCGACGUGCGCCGCGCCGAGUUCCUGUACCCGGACGGCGACAAGAUUGUGUUUGCCGGCCGCCGGCGGUACUUUCACACCUGGGACCUGCCGUCGGGCGCCGUCGCCAAGACGACGCAGAUCCUCGGCCACAGCAACAAGAAGGAGCACAAGUCCAGGGAGCGCUUCCGUCUCAGCCCGUGCGGCCGCUACAUGGCCGUCGCCGGCUCCGGCCGCAAGGGCGGCGGCCUCGUCAGCGUGCUGAGCGUGGCCUCGACGCAGUGGAUCGCCGACGCGGACAUGCCGAGCGGCCACGGCGUGGCCGACUUUGCGUGGUGGAGCACCGGCGACGGGCUGUCGAUCCUCGGCAAGGACGGCCAGGUCGGUGAGUACAGCGUCGAGAGCAAGUCGUUUGUCGGCGUCUGGAAGGACGAGGGCGGCGUGGGCGCCAUCGUCAUCGCGCUCGGCGGGCACCAGGGCCCUGCCGCCCUCGGUGACGACCGCUGGGUCGCGGUCGGCUCCAACAGCGGCAUCACCAACAUCUACAACCGGGCGGAGCUCCUGGCAGCAGCAGCAGCGACGUCUUCUGCCAAGGGCGACGGCAGCGGCCAGAUGCUCAAGGAGCGCCCUGCGCCGACGCGCUCGUUUGAGAACCUCCUCACGCCCAUCACGGCGCUCGCCUUUUCGCCCGACGGGCAGCUCUUUGCCUUCGGCAGCCGGCACAAGAAGAACGCGCUGAAGCUGGUGCACCUCCCGUCGUGCACCGUGUACAGGAACUGGCCGACGGAGCAGACCAACAUUGGUCGCCUCACGGCGGUUGCGUUUGGCAGCGGGAGCAACCUGCUCGCGGUGGGCAACGAUGCAGGCAAGAUCAAAUUAUGGGAUAUCAGGAGUUGA